AUGUCGCUGCCAACAGAAGAUAAGGAAAUUAGCAAGAGAGAAGACAUUCUCGAGGCUACGAAAGAAGAAGACAAGGAGGAGCAGGUUUUUCACUCGACGAAAGAAGAAGAGUUUGGAGAAACGGAUUCUUCUGUAGAUGUCAGCGAACGCGAGGCGAGGUUGGAGAAAACAGAUAACUUCUUGAACAAGAUCGGUCUCAAGUUCAAUGCCGAAAUUAGAGGUGUUGAACGGGUGCCUGAGAGCAAAAGAGAAGAUGGAAAUUGGUUGAACUCCUUGACUGUUUUCCUUUCGCCCAACUUUGCUGUUUCCACAUUGAGUACUGGUAUGAUGGGACCAACAUACUACGAUCUCGACUUUAGAACUUGUAUUUUGUGCAUUGUCUUCAUGGGUAUCCUUGGCUCUAUUCCCGUUGGGUUGUACUCUAUUUUCGGAGCCAAGUUUGGCCUCCGUCAGCAGAUUCUUUCCAGAUACUUCACCGGUAACAUCAUGGGCCGUGUUUUUGCGUUCUUCAAUGUGAUCUCGUGUAUCGGAUGGAACGCCAUCAACAUCAUUCCUUCUGUUCAAAUGUUGGUGUCAUUAGGAAGUUUGCCUGCUUGGGCUGGCUGUUUGAUUUUUGUGGUUAUCACUAGUGUUUUGGCUCUCUUCGGCUACAAAACAAUCCACAUUUACGAGAGAUACUGCUGGAUCCCAAACUGUAUUGUUUACCUCAUCAUCAUUGCCCGUUUCACAAUGUCUCACAAAUUCACUUGGGGUCAUAUGGAGACCGGAACUACGGAAGCUGGAAACGUCUUGACAUUCAUCAGUGCCAUUUUUGGUCUUACUGCAGGCUGGUCGCCUUCCGCUGCUGAUUAUUUUGUGUACAUGCCUAGCAACACUAACCCAUGGAAGAUUUUCUUCUGUAUGGUUGUUGGCUUGAGUUUUCCUGCUAUUUUCACUAUGAUUUUGGGUGCAGCUAUUGCCACGAGUACCCACAGCGACCCAGCAUGGAAAGCAGCUUAUGAUGACAACUCUGUUGGUGGCCUUAUCUACCAGGUUUUGGUGACAGACAGUCUUCACGGUUUCGGUAAGUUUUGCGUGGUCGUUUUGGCGUUUUCCACCAUUUCUAAUAACUUGCCUGGUUCUUACUCCUUGUCUUUGGCCACACAAGCUAUUUGGUCGCCAUUGGCCAGAUUUCCAAGAUUGGGCUGGUGUUUGAUUGGUAAUUUCGUGUCUCUUGCUUUGUGUAUCCCAGCUUACUAUGUCUUUGCCGAAACCAUGUCGAACUUCUUGAGUAUUAUCGGUUACAAUGUCUCCAUUUACAUUGGUAUCACGUUGGCUGAACACUUUGUGUUCAGAAGAGGAUUCAAGGGCUACAAUCCGGAAGAUUGUGAUGACAGAUCUAAGUUGCCCGUGGGUGUUGCAGGUGUUUUCGCUUUUGCGGUUGGUGUGGCGUGCACGGUUCUUUCUAUGAACCAAACCUGGUAUCAGGGUGUGAUUGCAAAAAAACUUGGUGAAUAUGGAGGUGAUAUUGGUUUUGAACUUAACAUUGCUGGUUCUUUCAUCGCUUACUGUUGCGCAAGACCAUUUGAACUCAAGUAUUUCGGACGUUAG